AUCUUCUCUGGACUCUCCAGUUUGUCCUCCUCUUUCCUACAUCGCAGUGCCGAGGGUGGACCCAGUUCUCCUGCUGGAGCCUCUCCAGUGCCGAGCGGAGUGGGACAAUGACCUCCCAUGUCUGACAUACGACACCCCAGUGAAUGCACCCUAGAAUGCUACUGCAGCAUGGCUUUGUCACUCAGGUUCAAUCUGUGACCCUCUUUGACCCCCAGAUCCUUCCCAGUCGUACAGCAAUUCUUCUGUUUGUAGCUGUGCAGUGGGUUCUCCCUUCCUAAGUGAUGUUCUUCACUCUUGUCGUGACAGAAUUUCCUCCUGUUGAUUUCGGACCGAUUCUCCAACUUGUCCAGGCCAUUUCAAACUCUCAGCCUGCCCUUAAAAGUGCUUGUAACCCCUCCCAGCGUGAGGUCAGCUGUGGAUCUUAGAGACGUGCUCCCCACUCCAUUAUCCGAGUCAUUACUAAACAUAUGGAAGAGUAGCGGCCCCAGGACUGGCCCCGGACCCCACUAGAUGCCCUCCCAGUUUGACCAUUACUAGUUACUCUUUGAGGAGGAUCUUCCAACCAAGUGUGCACCCACCUAGUGCUAAUUUCUCUGAGCCCUCAUUUCGCUGGCUUGCUCAUGGGAAUAUCAAAAACCAAAUGAAAAUCAAGCUCUAUCCCACCUUAGCAUCUCCCCUGUGCGUUAGGCCAGGAAUGCUGUCCAUCUUCAGAACCACUGAGCCCCACACCUCCCAUGGGGCUGCCCAGGGCGUCAGCGGCUCCCCACACAUUUCAGUCAUUAUUUUGAUUCCCUUAGUUACAUCGCCAGUGCCGAGCAGUAACCAGGAUCCUGAGGUUUUGCUGCUGCGUCUUCUUUCUCUCGCUGCUUCCGUUCUCUAUCUGAACCAGCUUUUGGUUCUGCUAUAAAGGAAGGAAGGAAGGGGGCUGUGGCCGUAGCUGGUGACUGAGACUUCAGAGAGGGAAGCGCCUGGGUCCGCUGAAGCCCACGAUAACCAAAGGCCCCGCUCAGCGCUGAUCACAACUCUGUGCUCUCCUCCGUCAUGAUGAAAGCACUCGUCACCCUCUGCAUCCUCAGUGCUCUCCAAGUGACCGCGGCAGCUCAGAAUGAAACGGGGAUGCCUCUGGCCUGUUUCUAUUGCAAAUCUGGACAAAGCUGUCACACCAUCCCCCAGACCUGCUCCUCGCCCCAGGACUCCUGCAUCAUCGUUCAAGAACACAACACGCUCGGUGCAGAGAAUUCAGGCACGUACCAGUCCUGCGCUGACUCCCGCCAGAGCCUCACGGGCUUCCUGGCUUUUUACUUUGGGGACAAGGUGGCUAUGGAGAUCCGGUCAGAAAUUUGCAAGAGUGGCGACUGCAGUGCCGAGUCCACGCCCUCCAGGCUGGCUAUCAGCAGCGUCCGCAAUGGGCUGCAGUGCCCGGCCUGCUACGCCCCAGGCUCCGAGAGAUGUGAAAGCGAUGGGAACCUGCGCUGCACAGGAGGUGCAGACCAAUGUGCUGUCGUCGUCGGGACGCUGGCACAAGGUGGUGUUGCGAUCCCGUUUGCAGGCAGAGGCUGUGCUACCCGGGCGGCCUGUGAAAUCAAGACACUGGAAUCAGGGGUGUUCACUUACAAUCUCACCAAGAUCCAGUGCAGCCCAGCGCCCAGAGCACAGACUAGCAGCGCCACCCGGACUCUGGGCUGGGGUCCCUUCACCCUGGGCAGCAUCGUCCUCUGUCUCCCCCUUUUUCUCCCUGCCCUUCUGGGGCUAUUCCUCUGCUGAUGCCCCAUCAGCAUACUGGCUGCUGCCAUUGGUGUCUCAGUAUAACCAAUGUGCUCUGCCCUUCUCUGUGCCUGACUGUGCCUCAGUUUCCCCCCUCUGUAAGAGGGAUAACAAUGGCAAGCUUCCCUUGCAAAGGUCUUUGGGAUCCCUGGAUGGGCGGGGGCUUGAGACAGAGUCCAAUGCAGCCAAGAGGAGACUCUCUGCUAAUUCCGCUGGAGUUUGGAGCAAAGUUCUGUGUAUUGUUAAUAUCCCCUCACAGCUUCUCCUCCAGCCUUUCAAAGAUCCCUGGGAGGGAACAGAACCCUGGACUCCUGACUUGCAGCCCCCUCUGCUCUAACCACUAGACCCCACUUGCCUCCCAGAGUCAGGGAGAGAACCCAGGAGUCCUGGCUCUCAGCUCCCCAGAGACUCCAGAAAUGGUCUGAGUCCCCCUGUGCAUUUCAAACUGCUCUGAAUAAAGCACAAUCAGAGAUGCAAUCA